AUGAGCGAGAAGGAAACGACAUCCACCCUUAACGACGGCGUUGCCACCAGCAAAGCGGAAUCACCAAGGGGCUCUGAAAGCCCCGUGAAUCUUGCUGAAAAGCCAGGAGAUACAACGGAGGAUACAAUGGAGGAUACGGGGCCAGAGUACAAGCGCGAGGUCCAUGGCAUCAAGUGGGCCUUGACCGUUGGUGCCGUUCUCUCUUGCGUCUUCCUUUACGCCCUUGACACCACCGUGGUGGCAGACAUACAGCCGAACAUCAUCGCAUCUCAUGGAAACUUCCAAAAGUUCCCAUGGCUCGCCACAGCCUACGCCUUGCCGGCUACUGCGCUGGUGCUCAUCCAGUCUACGACGUACGCGAUAUUUGACAUCAAAUGGUUGUACUUCGGCUACGUCGUCUGCUUUGAGAUUGGCAGUGCCAUAUCCGGUGCAUCGCCUACAAUGGACUCUCUCAUCGUCGGGCGCAUGAUUGCUGGAAUUGGUGGUUGCGGCAUCUACGUCGGCUCCAUCACUUUCUUCAGCGUUGUCACCACUCCCAAGGAGCGCCCUAUGUACAUUUCUCUGAUCUCUCCCACAUGGGGAAUUGGCACCGUCCUAGGACCAAUCGUCGGCGGCGGAUUCGCAGAAAGCAGCCUUGGGUGGCGAUGGGGAUUUUACAUUAACCUUAUAAUCUUCGCGGUUGCCGGGCCCAUCCUGGUCUUUGUCUUGCCUUCCAUCGACUUCGCCAAAGGGCAGACUGCUAAACAGAGAUUGGGUCAAAUCGACUGGCUGGGACUAGGCGUCUGGACCGGAUUAUGCGUCUCUUUCUUCAUGGCCAUCACCUACGGCGGGACCCUAUUUGAAUGGAAGUCUCAUAGCAUGAUCAUUCUUUGGGUCUUCGUGGUUGUUCUGGCUAUCAGCUUCUUCCUGACGCACAAAUUCCAUCCUUUCGUUGAGAAGAACAAUCGCCUUUACCCCAGCCACAUGCUCCGAAACUUCAAGUUGGGAAUUUUACAGUUCGCCACAUUUUCUGCUGGAUCGGCCGUGUACAUUCCCAUCUACUACCUCCCACUUUACUUCCAGUUCGCGAGGGGUGAGUCACCCGUGGAGGCCGCCGUCAAACUCCUGCCCUUUGUCUUCAUGAUCUGCACCAUUGCAAUCAUCAACGGCUUCUUCAUGUCGAAGUGGGGUUACUACAUGCCGUGGUUCCUCUUUGGCUCGAUCCUGGCCGUUGUUGGCGGUGCCCUGAUGUACACUGUCAAUGUGAACACAAGCGUCUCGGCAAUUUACGGAUACAGCGUUGUGUUAGGCAUUGGCGGCGGCUGCUUCUUCAUCACUGCCUUUGGGUGCGUCUCGGACGUUGUCGAGGCCAAGGAUAUUUUCAACGCCAUCGGUGUCAUCAGUCUUGUCCAGUGCAUUGGCAUUACGUUCUUUCCCUCGAUAAGUGGCAGCGUCUUCCAGAACAUGGGUGCUCAGUACAUCGCCCCGCUACUGCCGUCAACCUUUUCUGGUGAUCCGCGUGUCGUUCUCGCUGGGUCGAGUAGCGCAGAGUGGAAGGGCUUCUCCGAAGACGUCCAGAAGCUACUUGCAGAAGCCAUUGUCGAUGCCAUGAGUAACUUGUAUAUCAUGAUCAUCGUUGCUUGUGGUAUCACGGCCCUUCUAUCACCCUUCCUCGGGUUACGUAAGGUGGGUGGUGGACAGGUGGCAGCCAUGGCUUGA